UACUGUUUAUUGAUCUGAGUUUCUCUCACAGAAUCAGAAAAGCUGAACAAGAUGAGUUCGCUACUAGAAAGGCUUCAUGUCAAGUUUAAUCCCAACACCAGACCUUGGACAGAAACCAUGAAACUUGUCCGGCAAGUUAUGGAAAAACGAGUUGUAAUGAACUCUGGAGGUCACCAGAAUCUUGUUAGCUGUUUGGAAACAUUACAGAAGGCCUUGAAAGUAACAUCACUACCUGCCAUGACAGAUCGCUUGGAAUCCAUUGCUCGACAAAAUGGCCUGGGAUCUCAUCUUAGUGCAAAUGGCACAGAAUGUUACAUAACUUCAGACAUGUUCUAUGUGGAAGUUCAUUUGGAUCCUGCUGGACAACUGUGUGAUGUCAAAGUAGCACAUCAUGGAGAAAAUCCUGUGAGUUGUCCAGAAUUGGUGCAGCAUCUAAGAGAGAGAGAUUUUGAUGAAUUUUCUAAGCACCUUAAAGGCCUCGUUAAUCUGUAUAAACUGCCAGGUGACAACAAACUGAAAACUAAAAUGUACUUGGCUCUUCAGUCCUUGGAACUUGACCUUACAAAGAUGGCAGUCAUGUACUGGCAAGCCACCAAUGCAAGCCCUUUGGACAAGAUUCUGCAUGGAAGUGUGGGCUAUCUCACUCCAAGGAGUGGAGGUCACCUGAUAAAUCUGAAGUAUUAUGUUUCACCAUAUGAUUUGAUUGAAGAUGGUACUGGAGCACCUGUCAUUCUGAAUGAAGGAGGAGUUCCUCGAAACUUGGGCAUGAAUGUAUAUGUUACAAUUGAAGGAACUUUGACUAUGAACAAGCUUCCAAUUGCUCCUCUGAUUAUGGGGUCUCAUCCUGUGGAUAACAAAGGGACACCCUCCUUCUCCUCAAUCACUAGUGCUAAUAGUGUUGAUUUGCCAGCUUGCUUCUUCUUGAAAUUUCCAAGACCUAUUCCAGUAUCUCGAGGUUUCAUUCAGAAACUUCAGAACUGCACAGGCAUACCACUGUUUGACACCCCACCCACAUAUGUCCCCUUAUAUGAGCUGAUUACUCAGUUUGAGCUGUCCAAGGAGCAAGAUGCUGGAUCAUUGAACCACAAUAUGCGCUUCUAUGCAGCUCUGCCAGGACAACAGCACUGCUACUUCAUCAAUAAAGAUGCCCCUUUGCCAGAUGGCCGGAGCCUUCAAGGAACCCUGCUUAGCAAAAUUGCUUUCCAUCAUCCUAGUCGGGUUCCUCUUAUCCUCAAUAUGAUUAGACAUCAGGUAGCUUACAACACACUGAUAGGCAGCUGUGUCAAGCGAACAGUCUUAAAAGAAGAUACUCCUGGCAUCCUCCAGUUUGAAGUCUGUCCCCUUUCUGACUCCUGUUUCAGUGUCUCAUUUCAGCACCCUGUAAAUGACUCUUUAGUUUGUGUGGUAAUGGAUGUACAAGACUCUACCCAUGUGAACUGCAAAUUGUAUAAAGGGCUCUCGGAUGCACUCAUCUGCACAGAUGACUUCAUUGCUAAAGUUGUUCAAAGAUGCAUGUCAAUUCCUGUGACCAUGAGAGCUAUUCGGAGAAAGGCAGAGACAAUCCAGGCGGAUACACCAGCCUUGUCCCUAAUUGCUGAGACAGUUGAAGACAUGGUUAAGAAGAACCUGCCCCCUGCUAGCAGCCCAGGUUAUGGCAUGACCACAGGCAACAACCCCAUGAGUGGCACCACCACCCCAACCAGCACAUUCCCUGGGGGUCCCAUCUCCACUUUGUUCACCAUGAGCAUGGGCAUCAAAGAACGGCAUGAUUCAGUGGGCCAUGGGGAAGACUUCAGCAAAGUGUCACAAAAUCCCAUUCUUACAAGCUUGCUACAAAUCACUGGAAAUGUGGGCUCCACCAUUGGCUCCAGCCCCACUCCCCCACACCACACACCUCCCCCUGUGUCAUCUCCUGCAAGCAACACCAAGAACCAUCCUAUGCUCAUGAACCUGCUGAAGGACAAUCCAGCUCAAGAUUUCUCCACUUUGUAUGGGAGCAGUCCACUUGAGAGACAGAAUUCCUCUUCUGGUUCUCCUAGGAUGGAAAUGGGACCAGGGUCCAACAAGCAAAAGAAGAAAAAGUCACGUGUCCUAGUGGAGAAACCUAAACAUCAGACUGAAGAUGAUUUCCAGAGAGAGCUGUUCUCCAUGGAUGUUGAUUCACAGAACCCCAUCUUCGAUGUCAAUAUGACCACUGACACUUUAGAUACUCCCCAUAUCACUCCAGCACCCAGCCAGUGCAGCACUCCGCCCACAACCUAUCCGCAGUCAAUAUCCCAUGCCCAGCCCAGCAUUCAGAGGAUGGUUCGGCUCUCCAGUUCAGAUAGCAUUGGUCCUGAUGUCACAGAUAUCCUUUCCGACAUAGCAGAGGAAGCAUCCAAGCUACCAAGCACCAGUGAAGACUGUCAUCCUAUGGGAACACCAGUAAGGGACUCAUCCAGUUCAGGGCACUCUCAAAGUGCUCUGUUUGAUCCUGAUGUUUUUCAGUCAAACAACAGUGACAACCCAUACACCGAUCCAGCUGACUUGAUUGCUGAUGCUACUGUGAGCCCCAACAGUGACUCUUCAAAUCAAUUUUUUCCCGAUGGUGUUGAUUUCAACCCUGAUCUCCUAAACAGCCAGAGCCAGAGUGGUUUUGGAGAAGAGUAUUUUGAUGAUAGCAGCCAGAGUGGAGAUGCUGAUGACUUCAAAGGUUUUGCACCACAAACGAUAAGUACUCUGGGCGUUCAAGUGCUGGGGGGAGAUGGAGGGGAGAGUAAGUUCAAGGCAAGUAGCCAAACGGACACAGUCGACUUUAGUAUUAUCACAGCUGCCAGCAAAGCUCUGGGAGCCUCUGAUGUCAUGGAGCAUCAUAGUGGAAGUCAGAGUCCUUUACUGAGCACAGGAGAUUUGGGGAAGGAAAAGUCACAGAAGCGGGUCAAAGAGGGUAAUGGAUCUGGGAGUUCUUUAACGGGCCCUGGGAUGGAUGGCAAGGGUGGAAAACGCAGCCGCACCCCAUCCAGUGAUGGGAAAAGUAAAGAAAAGGUUCAGAAACGGAGGAAAGUAGAGCCAGAAGGCAAAUCUCCCUCUCAUAGUUCAUCCACCAGGCCUUUCACCCCACCAACAAGCACAGGUGGCUCAAAAUCUCCUGGAAGUUCAGGCAGAUCUCAGACACCCCCUGGGGUAGCUACUCCUCCCAUCCCCAAAAUCACUAUUCAGAUCCCCAAGGGAACAGUGACUGUUGGCAAACCCUCCCAUGGGCAGUACACAAGCAGCGGCUCAGUGUCUUCUUUGAGCAGCAAAAGUCAUCACAGCCAUUCUUCAUCCUCCUCGUCCUCCUCGUCGUCGUCAUCUUCCUCGUCUUCGUCUUCCUCAUCGGCUUCCGGCAAAAUAAAGAGCAGCAAGUCGGAUGGGUCUUCCGGGUCCAAGAUGAGCAGCAGCCUCUACUCGGGCCAAGGCGGCUCUGGAUCAGGUCAGUCCAAAAGCUCCACCCAAUCAGUGGGCAAGCCUGGGUCCUCCCCCAUCACAAAACACGGCCUGAGCAGCGGCUCUGGAGGUACCAAGAUCAAACCUCAAGGGAAGCCUUCAUCGCUUAUGAACCCUUCCAUGAGUAAACCAAACAUUUCUCCUUCUCAUUCUAGACCCUCGGGCGGUUCUGACAAGCUGGCCUCUCCGAUGAAACCCGUUCCAGGCACUCCCCCGUCAUCUAAAGCAAAGUCCCCAAUUAGUUCCGGUUCUGGAGGCUCGCACAUGUCUGGGACAGGAUCAAGCUCCAGCAUGAAGUCCUCUUCAGGGAUGGGAUCCUCCAGUUCCAUGUCCCAGAAGGCACCCCCUUCUUCAAAUUCUUCAACAGGAUCUUCAUCUUCCUUUUCAUCUGGAAGUUCUUCCAUGUCCUCCUCUCAGAAUCAGCAUGGAAGUUCCAAAGGCAAGUCUCCAAGCCGAAACAAAAAGCCAUCUUUAACUGCUGUCAUUGACAAACUCAAACAUGGUGUUGUCACUGGUGGUCCUGGCGGGGAAGACUCCAUGGAUGGACAGAUGAUCCAGAGUUCCAGUUCCUCAAGUCACUCCAUGUCAUCCAAACACAACCUGUCUGGAAGUGAAUUGCAGGGGAAACGGGAAAGAAGUGACAAGGAAAAAUCCAAAGUAUCUGUUUCAGGAGGCUCAUCCGACUCUUCCAAGAAGACAUCCGAUUCAAAGAAUGUUGGAAGCACUGGAGUGGCCAAGAUAAUCAUCAGUAAGCAUGAUGGUGGCUCUCCUAGCAUUAAAGCCAAAGUCACCUUGCAAAAACCUGGGGAAGGAGGUGGGGACAGCUUAAGACCUCAGAUGGCCUCUUCCAAAAGCUAUGGAUCGCCACUGAUAAGUGGAUCUACUCCAAAGCACGAGCGCUGUUCUCCCAGCCACAGUAAGUCUCCUGCAUAUACCCCUCAAAACAUUGACAGCGAGAGUGAAUCAGGUUCAUCUAUAGCAGAGAAAUCCUAUCAAAACAGUCCCAGCUCUGAUGAUGGAAUUAGGCCUCUUCCAGAAUACAGUUCAGAAAAGCAUAAGAAGCACAAAAAGGACAAGAAGAAACUGAAAGACAAAGACCGAGACAGGGAUCGUGACAAAGAACGAGACAAAAAGAAAACUCACAGCAUUAAACCAGAGAGCUGGUCUAAAUCUCCCAUCUCUUCAGAACAGUCUCUGUCUAUGACAAGCAGUGCCAUUCUUACAUCAGAGAGGUCAUCCAGGCCCAGCCCUGAUUUUUCUAUUGGGGAGGAAGAUGAUGAUCUAAUGGAUAUUGCCCUGAUAAGAAAUUGAAAAUAUUUGGGGAAUAGAACAAAAGAGCUAUUUCAUGGGGGGGGGGGGGGUUAAAUUAAAAUAAUGAGUGCAUGGCACUCAAAUGGGCUAGACUUAGAAAUUUGGAAAAAUAAUCCAAAUUUGACAAACCUUUUCAGUGCAUUACUCUAGUAAGACAAUUAUUUUUAAAGCUCUUGGAAGCGUAAAUAAAUACACAUACAUGCUUCCAACAAAUACAUUGGAUUUGUAUUCCAGAACUGAAACUCGAGCACAUACAAAAACAUUUCACUGUAGGAGAAUCAGAUUCUUCUUUGAAUGUUUCAAUAAUAGUUCCAUUUUGGUGUAUUUUUUAAAUAUAUAUAUAUUAGCAUUUAAAAUUUAAGCUUAUGUGGAUUUUACGAUUCCUCCUUAAGAGUAUUUCCACUGAGAAAUAAUUUUUCAAAUUCAUUUCAUGCCAGAUAAUGUCCCACUUCCCUAAGGUGCUGACCAUCUCCUGUUAAAAAUGAUAUCUGCUAUAGACACUGUGUACAACACCUAGCAAUUUGGGGACUGUCACCCAAAAAGUGAAGUAUUCUGAUAUUCAUGUGUUAAACCUUAACAGUCAUUUGACUUAAAGCAUUUUCCUUCGUCCCUAUGAAAGGUUUGAUGGCUUUCAUGUAUGUCUUCUUCUAUGUAUGUCUUCUGUAUUGUAUUUUAGUAGCAAUUGCUACUGUGUUCUCCCAACUUGGGAAGAAAAGGAAAGGGUAGGUUUAGUCAGAAUUCAGUGAACAGGACAUUUUUGUACUUCCUCAGCUGCUGUAAUUUUAAAUAUAAGUUUAUAAACAUUUGAGAGAAGAGAGUACGGUUAAAUUAAAUGGUAGUAUGUCUAUUGUGGAAGAAGCACUGCAGCAUGGCCCUUUAUACACCAGAAGUAUAGGAUCCUUGAACUCACAUAGAAAAGAGUAAAUAAUGUAAGCAUUGGCAGUUAAUGCACAAGGAGCAGCUUUAUCACUGCCUCCUUCUAUGUGAUAUGAGGAUUUUUCUGGAACAUCGUGGAAAAUAUCUGCACUAGAAGUGAGGAGAGAGAAAGAAUAUGUGUUCAAGUUCACUUUAUUAUGGUCAAUGACCAGUUCAAGAAUAUGUAUGUAGUUAAUAUGAUGUAUGAUCCCUAUCCUUAUGAGCAAAGAGAAAUAUCCUUGAACUUUUUGUUGAUCUCUUGUCAUCAGUAGCCAGUGCUAAGAAUCUCAUUUGGAACCUAUGACUCUCAUAACCCAUGUGCAAAGCCUUUGUAGAUCCUAAUGCACAGAUGAAUCUGUCUCUGAAAGCUGAUGCCUCAUGCUUUUCAAUAUCUGUGCAUGGAAGAGUGAAUAUUGCCAGGGUUCUAGAGAACAGAGUAGAUCACACUAAAUUGUCUAAAUUGAGGACUGACAAAAUACAAAGUCCAUAACACUGGCCCAUGCACUCCCAAAUGUUUGCAUCUAGCAAGUUAUUACAGAAUAUAUUUGCCCAACAUAUAUUCUCUUAGUUGUGAACCCCCCCCCCACACACACACACACCUUUUGCAGAGUAGUCCCUUCUAGAUGUAUUGAACUACAGCUGUAGUGAUAAGAUUUGAAGUCUAAGCUGGUGUGAACCAGAAUGGAACAGACUGAUGCAAUGUAUCAUGUACACAAGACACACAAAUUGCAAUUUUCAUUACUUCCAUUUCUGUUUCCAUUGUUUCCAGCAAAAAUUACAUUACUUUCUUAUUGUAAGAGAAUAGUCAUGAGUAUGUAAGACACAAAGGUCUAUGAAACACAAAUGUGUUGUAAUGUCCCUUACAAUGAAGUCAGAGCACAAGACUUAAUUGUGUGCCAGCUUAGGUCACAGUAGGUGGUGGUCUAUUUAAUUGCCACAGUGUUAUUUUCACUUGGGAAAGUUGGGCUCUGAGAGUUAGUGUAUGUUUCACUAAAUGGGAAGCUCAUUAUUCAGAAGUUUUGAAAAAGCUUACUACGUCCUAGCAGCAACAGUAUGAAUGGUGUUUGCAAAAUGAAACACUUUUAAAAAGCUGUUGGUAUUGUAUAUCAUUUGCAUUGAGCUGUUAUGUUUUCAAGGAUGAUGUCUGUGGGAAGCAGUGGAAUAUAAUUGGUCCUUUCAAUAUGGAAUGCUUAUUUUACUGAAAGAGAUACUGGUUCUUGGAACUAUAAUCCUGUUAGAUAUUUCAAAGUGGUUGUGGUCCCAAAACCAAAUGUUCUGAAUUAUUUUUACUAUGCUUUUAAAUUGAUACCUGUCUUGGUUCAGUAGCAGGGCUUUGAGUGAGAUAGAAAUGUUCAUUAGGCUAAAACAAAGUUUUUCAAACUGUUCUCCAAAUGUUUUGGACUUCAGUUGGUAAGGUGGCUGGGAUUUCUGGGAGCUAAAAUCCAAAACACCUGGAGGAGCACAGUUUGAGAAAAACACUGGGCUAAAAUAUAGGGUCCUCAUCCACUGUGCCAUACCCAGGCAUGAAGAGAUUCCAUCUCUGGUCUGUCAGAGACACCAUGCAUGGCUGCAAUGGGAAAAGAGAGGGUAAAUACAGACUGUCUGUUCCAUAUGUGCUGAAUGCUCAGGUUUAUGGGUAUUCAGCACAUACAAAACAUAAGGUUGGUGGAGGGAGUUGCCAUUGCACCCUACGGAAUUCUUCUUUGCAUAUAUCGGAGCGAAAUGUGUUCAAUGCAACUCCGAAAUCUGAAAUCCAAUGCAACUCCAAAAUCUGAAAUCCUACCAAUAAACUAAGAACAAUUUUGAAACCCAUCUACUUUGGAAAUGGAGCAAGAUGGUCUAUAAUCCAAGUUUUCCCGAUCAAAAUUAGAGUGUGUUAGUACCUUAUAGGGCUCUGUAUUAAAUCUUAAUUUCUACAAAUGUAUUUAAUUGAUAACAAUAUUUUAUAUCCUCCAGUAUUGUAAAGAGACAUUAGUGACGAAGGGCCAAACCUUUUAAUCUCAGGUAGAACCACUUAGAUUACAAGGUUGUGUUCUUCCAUUUUUAACCCCUCCCCCUUCAUGUAAAUAGUAUGUCUCCACUCUUUCUUUGUGAACACUUGUGUAAAUAUGGCUGGUGAUUCAUGGAGUGGGGGGAGUAUAUUAUCUUAAUGGGUUUUCUGAAAAUAUUGCAAGUAACUUGCUUUUACAUGGAAAUAAAUUUGUUUGGUAGAAA